CGGAGUGUGAUGCAGAAGUAUCUUGAGGAGAGAAACGAAAUAACCUUUGACAAGAUUUUCAAUCAGAAAAUUGGUUUCUUGCUAUUUAAAGAUUUUUGUUUGAAUGAAAUUAAUGAAGCUGUACCUCAGGUGAAGUUUUAUGAAGAGAUAAAAGAAUACGAAAAGCUUGACAACGAGGAAGAUCGCCUUUGUAGGAGUCGACAGAUUUACGACACCUAUAUCAUGAAGGAGCUGCUGUCCUGCUCGCACCCAUUCUCAAAACAAGCUGUAGACCAUGUACAGAAUCAUCUGUCCAAGAAACAAGUGACGUCAACUCUCUUCCAGCCAUACAUAGAAGAAAUUUGUGAAAGUCUUCGAGGCAACAUUUUUCAAAAAUUUAUGGAAAGUGACAAGUUCACUAGAUUUUGCCAGUGGAAAAACGUAGAAUUAAAUAUCCAUCUGACCAUGAAUGAUUUCAGCGUGCACAGGAUCAUCGGGCGAGGCGGCUUUGGAGAAGUGUACGGUUGCAGGAAAGCAGACACCGGAAAAAUGUAUGCAAUGAAGUGCCUGGAUAAGAAGCGGAUCAAGAUGAAACAAGGAGAGACCUUAGCCUUAAAUGAAAGGAUUAUGCUGUCGCUUGUUAGUACGGGAGAUUGUCCUUUCAUUGUCUGCAUGACCUACGCCUUCCACACGCCAGAUAAACUCUGCUUCAUCUUGGACCUGAUGAAUGGGGGCGAUUUGCACUAUCACCUGUCACAGCACGGGGUGUUUUCUGAGAAGGAGAUGCGUUUCUACGCCACCGAGAUCAUCCUGGGGCUGGAGCACAUGCACAACCGGUUCGUCGUGUACAGAGACCUGAAGCCCGCAAACAUCCUCUUGGAUGAGUACGGACAUGUCAGGAUAUCAGACCUCGGCCUUGCCUGUGAUUUCUCCAAAAAGAAGCCGCACGCGAGCGUGGGCACCCAUGGGUACAUGGCCCCGGAGGUGCUGCAGAAGGGGACUGCGUACGAUAGCAGUGCCGACUGGUUCUCCCUGGGCUGCAUGCUGUUCAAGCUCCUGCGAGGUCACAGCCCUUUCAGACAACAUAAAACCAAAGAUAAGCAUGAAAUAGACCGGAUGACACUGACCGUGAACGUGGAGCUUCCAGACACCUUCUCCCCGGAGCUGAAGUCCCUCCUGGAGGGUUUGCUCCAGCGCGAAGUUAGCAAGCGGCUCGGCUGUCGCGGAGGCGGCGCGCGGGAGGUGAAGGAGCACGGCUUCUUCAAGGGCAUCGACUGGCAGCACGUCUACUUGCAGAAGUACCCGCCACCCUUGAUUCCUCCCCGGGGAGAGGUGAACGCCGCUGACGCCUUUGACAUCGGCUCCUUCGAUGAAGAGGACACCAAGGGCAUCAAGCUUCUCGAUUGCGACCAAGAGCUCUACAAGAACUUCCCGUUGGUGAUCUCCGAGCGCUGGCAGCAGGAAGUCGUGGAAACCAUUUAUGAAACCGUGAACGCGGACACGGAUAAAAUCGAGGCCAGGAAGAGAGCGAAGCACAAGCAGCUGGGCCACGAAGAAGAUUACGCCAUGGGGAAAGACUGCAUAAUGCAUGGCUACAUGCUGAAGCUGGGAAACCCGUUCCUCACACAGUGGCAACGUCGGUAUUUUUACCUCUUUCCGAACAGACUGGAGUGGAGAGGAGAGGGGGACUCCCGGCAAAAUUUGCUGACAAUGGAACAGAUCCUGUCUGUGGAGGAAACUCAGAUCAAGGACAAAAAAUGCAUUUUGUUGAGGAUAAAAGGAGGGAAGCAGUUUGUCUUGCAGUGUGAGAGUGACCCGGAGUUUGUGCAGUGGAAGAAGGAGCUGACGGAGACCUUCACGGAGGCCCAGCGGCUGCUGCGACGCGCCCCCAAGUUCCUCAACAAGUCCCGGGCGGGCGUCCUGGAGCUCGCCAAGCCGCCCCUCUGUCACAGGAACAGCAACGGCCUCUGACAGCCCCGACGGGGCAGGGGGGUCCCGGGGAAGACGGGGCCUCGAGGAAGUCCACGCGGCUGUUCCCAGCCCUUGACACGGAGCCUUCGGGAGAAGGAUGAGGGUCAGAGGGUGGAUUCCCGCAUCUCCGGGGUCUUCCACCGCUGCGGAGCCCCGGGCCGCCAGGACGCGCCCAGGAGUCGUGGUGACCAGGCUCAGGCGCGGGGCUGGCCUCCCCUCCCCUCCUGGGCGCGCCCCCCCGCCUUUCCAUCUGCCCACACUGGAGGACAGCGUCGUUUCUUUGCCACGCACUCAUUUUGGUACACAUGAACCCGGAACUUGAGACGCUUGUACUUACCACUUCGAUGGGUACAUCUGAUAUCAAACAUGUCUUCGACUUGCCAAGGUGGCAUCUGCUGUCUGCGGUGUGGGGCGACGGAUCGCCCCAGUGUUGCUGUAUUUUGUCUAUAGACGGCCACUGCUGGUCUUAUAGGCCUUUGCUCCACACCCCUGGGGGAUGGGAGACCAGCCGCGUGCUGCUCC